AUGGUCGUGGACCUUGACGUGGACGUGGUCGUGGUCGUGGACGUGGUCGUGGACGUGGACAUGGACGUGGACGUGGACGUGGACGUGGAUGUGGACGUGGACAUGGACGUGGACGUGGACGUGGACGUGGACUUGGAUGUGAACGUGGAUGUGGACGUGGACGUGGAUGUGGUCGUGGUCGUGGACGUGGAUGUGGAGGACGUGGAUGUGGAGGACGGGGACGUGAACGUGGAGGACGUGGACGUGGACGUGGACGUGGUUGUGGACGUGGAGGUUGACGUGGACGUGGACGUGGUCGUGGACGUGGAGGACUUGGACGUGGACAUGGAUGUGGACGUGGACGUGGACGUGGACGUGGACAUGGUCGUGGACGUGGACAUGGACGUGGACGUGGACAUGGACAUGGACGUGGACGUGGACGUGGACGUGGACGUGAACGUGGACGUGGACAUGGUCGUGGACGUGGACGUGAACGAGCUUGCCUGGUCUACAAACUUGCCUGGUCCAGGAACGUGCCUGGUCCAGGUGCUUGCUUGGUCCAGGAACGUGCCUGGUCAAGGAGCUUGCCUGGUCUAG